AUGCUCGGAUUUUUGCCUGUCAGUCUACUGGCCAUUGCCUCAUUGGCAGCAGCACGCGAUCCCACAGUUUACCUCAUUCGACACGGAGAGAAACCCAGCGAUGGAGGAAAUGGAUUGAGUGCACAAGGACUCGAACGCGCACAAUGUCUUCGCGAGGUUUUCGGCAAGAAUUCCGAGUAUAACAUCACCCACAUCAUGGCGGAAACGCCUAAGAGCAAUGGCAAACGAGCCCGUCCGUAUGACACCGUUGAGCCGCUGGCUAAAGAUCUCGGCCUCACUGUUGAUACGUCUUGCGGUCGGGAUGACCCAGAUUGUGUGAAUGAUGUGGUUAGGGGAUACGAUGGAAAAGGCUUGGUUAAUAUACUGAUUUGCUGGGAGCACGUUGCACUGACGGAUAUUGCCGAGGCACUGGGAGUCGAGAAUGCACCGUUUUAUCCGGACGAUCGAUUCGACAUCAUUUGGACCCUCUCAGGCCCUUACAAAAGUAUCACAUCGGAAACCAGCGAGCAUUGCCCCGGUUUAGAUGACGAUGAGCAAAUGCCAAGAUAG